AUGGAUAAUUCAAACAACACGGUUGGUGGCACAGAAGCAACCAACUAUGAAUCACAAUUAGAGUUUGAGAGCAUAACUAACACAUUUGAAGAACUCGUAGAACAAUAUAAUGCGGUUAGGUUUGACAUGUCAAGUGUUGUCUCAUCCUACACAACUAUCCAUGAGGACAUUUACAAUGUUGCUGAAGAGAAACGUGCCAACCUAAUUCUCCUUCCCUUUCACAAAGAGUACUCAACAAUAGAAGAUGCUCCGGAAAUAAUCCACAAUGAACAUUAUGAGAUAAACAAAAAUAUUCUACAACAAGCACCUUGUUCACUAGGGAUCUUUGUGGACCGCGGUUUAAGAUCAUUUUUAGAAACAAAACUAUGCAUUAUAAUGAUUUUCAUCGGUGGACCUGACGACCGUGAAGCCUUGUCUAUUGCAUGGAGAAUGGAUAGGCAUCUAGGAACACAAUUACACGUUGUGAGGAUCAAUCUAUUAGGUAAGGCUACAGAAGAAACAAAAUUAAAAAUGGAAAAAAGCAAGUCUCGUCACGGAAUGUUGUCGACGGUUAUAGAUAAUAUGAUGCAAAAAGAGUUGGAUAAAGAGUGUAUAAUUUCCUUCAGGCACAAGGCAGUGAACAAUAACGCUUCAAUUGUUUACUCAGAGAAGGAAGUCCAUUCGAAUAUGGGCGAAGAGACUCCGACACUUCUUAACGAUAUUGAUAAACCUGAAUAUGAUUUAUACAUUGUUGGACAAGGAAGUGGUAAGAACUUUGUGAUUUUUUCUAGGUUGUUAGAAUGGUGUGACCAUCUUGAACUUGGUGUUAUAGGUGACAUAAUGGUCUCAACUAGCUUUGGUACGCAAUCUUUUGUGCUUAUUGUACAACAAUAUUUGGUUGGGAGAAAACGUUGUUAG